CUGUCCUCUUCUGGUGCGCAUCGGCACACGCGCGUCCAUGGAGCGCUCCCGCAGCUUCCCGCAGCUUCACCGCCUCGGAAAGAGGAUUUUAACAGGAAAUUUGGACUCAGUCCGCCUCUCUGAGAUAAUGGCUCCCCGUUCGUUACGGUCCGUUCUGCAUUAAAGAACCUCCCCGAGGCAGGAAGAAGGGGAAUCCCUAUGGAUGAGGCAAGCGGACAGGAGAUGCCGCAGCUGGGUAUCCGACACCGGGAUGGAGCCACGAUGCGCCAGCGGAGGGUGAAAGCGAGGCGGAAACGGCGAAAGGAGCUGCUUUUCAUCCAGAUCUUUUUGUUCGGAGGAUUCCUGCUCGCUGCGAAGGGCUUCACAUACUUAAAGGAAGAUCCAGAUUUUGACCUGUCGAUCGAGGGCCAGGAGAGACGCGUAGGACGAAAGCUCCUACAGGAGAUGUACAACAGCAGCCAGGAGGAAGUGGAGAUUGAUGAGGGACCAAAGAACUGCACCAUCCCAGCUCUCCAUGAGUUUCCAACCGACUUGUUCACAAACAAAGCGAGAACUGAGGGAGCUGUGGCCCUACAUGUGCUCUGUACUGUCUACAUGUUCUGCGCUCUGGCGCUGGUCUGUGAUGACUACUUCGUCCCUUCCCUGGAGAAGAUCUGUGAGCGGCUCGAUCUGAGUGAGGAUGUGGCAGGAGCUACCUUCAUGGCAGCUGGCAGCUCGGCUCCAGAGCUCUUCACCUCCAUUAUCGGCGUGUUCAUCACCAAAGGUGACGUGGGUGUUGGGACAAUCGUAGGCUCGGCCGUCUUCAACAUUCUCUGCAUCAUCGGUGUGUGUGGCUUCUUCGCUGGCCAGGCGGUGAAACUGUCUCAUUGGGCUCUGCUCAGAGAUUCCAUCUAUUACACUUUUUCCAUCAUAGCGCUGAUUGUGUUCAUCUAUGAUGAGAAAGUGUGCUGGUGGGAAUCGCUGGUACUGAUCCUCAUGUACGCUGUCUACAUCCUCAUCAUGAAGUUCAACGGAAAGGCUCAUCGGUACUUCAGCCAAAGAAAGAAGGGCUCUGGGAACCUGGCGAACGGGCUGACGGGAAGCACGGAUCUGGAUGAUAAUGUCUCAUAUGAUGCGACUGCAGUUCUCCUCAAGAAAGCUAACUUCCACUGUACACCGUCGGUGCUGAUGGUGGAUGAGCUGCUCUCUGCAUACCCACACCAGCUGUCUUUCUCUGAGGCCGGCAUGAGGAUCAUGAUCACCAGUCAUUUCUCCCCCAGAACUCGCCUCACCAUGGCCUCCCGUAUGCUUAUCAAUGAGAGACAGCGGCUUAUUAAUACCACAGAGACCCGGGUCAACUGCAUCACCAACGGGGACUCAGACUCCGCCGCCCGAGCACUGGGGAGGCGGGGCUUAGAGAACGGGAUGAAUGCAGCUGAGCAGGGAUUCGUUGGGCGUUGCCGGCUGGAGUCCUGUGACGAGAUGGAAAAUGAGGACAACCAGAACAACCAGAAUGAUGAGGAAGGAGAAGAAGAGGACAGCGAAGGCCCUCUGGUGCCUUUUAAAGUCCCAGCGGGGGUCUGCAACAAGCUGAAGUGGUUGAUCAUGUGGCCACUGUCCCUGCUCUUCUUCUUCACCAUACCCAACUGUGCCAAGCAGCGCUGGGAACGGUGGUUCAUGUUUUCCUUCUUCACUGCCACCAUCUGGAUCGCUGGCCUCUCGUACAUCAUGGUCUGGAUGGUGACUGUGAUUGGCUUCACCCUCGGCAUUCCUGAUGUCAUCAUGGGAAUCACCUUCUUGGCGGCGGGCACAAGCGUCCCAGACUGCAUGGCCAGCGUGAUCGUGGCCCGGCAAGGUAUGGGAGACAUGGCCAUCUCCAACUCCAUUGGCAGCAACGUGUUUGACAUCCUGGUUGGUCUGGGUCUGCCAUGGGCGCUCCAAACCCUCUGCAUCGACUAUGGCUCCAAUAUCCAUCUUAACAGCAGAGGACUCAUAUUUUCUGUAGGAAUUCUACUCGCAUCAGUAUUCUUCACGGUCCUCGGAGUCCAUCUGAAUAAAUGGAUUCUUGACUGGCGACUGGGCUUGGCCUGCCUCAUCAUGUACGCCAUCUUCCUGUGCUUCUCCGUCCUCAUCGAGUUCAACGUCUUCAUUUUUGUCAACCUCCCCAUGUGCAGAGACAUCCACUGACCUCCAACCUCCUCUGCCGCCUCUUCUCCUUCAUCCUCGUACUCUUGGCUUGCGGAGGCAGAGAAACUCACCCGGCUUCUGGGCUGUCGGCACCUCGGAAACGAGUCAGACCUUUUCUUUGUUUAGGGAACCACAGCUCUCUCGGGUACAAACGCAGAAGGCUUGGGAUGUGUUUCUGGAACCGUUUGGAGACACGAAGAUGGCGUCCUAGAGGCAGAGAUUGUUGCCAGUCACUUUUGGCUGAUAUGACCACAUCAGCGCGGACAGUUAGACUUCUGCUGGUGGGUUAACAGCUACUAUUACCGGGAGGAGAAACGGGAAUCGCAAUUUUUAGCUACUUUGUUUGUUACUCUUUGUACAAGUUUGGAUAUAAGCACAAGAUUAAGGUAUUUUUAAGUAAAAUAGAAAUUUCUCUGUAUAGAUUUGAGGAUUAAAUAGGUAAUUCUUUUAGCUGAUGAUAUGGAGCUUUAUCUGGACAAUCAAAGGACCCCCUGAAAUAUUUAAACAACAUCUCCAUGCUCAGUACACACUAACGUUGCAUGCUGUUUGCCAUAGAUGUCGCUUCGCACUGACAGAAAGAAUCUACAUAUUUAAAACUAUUAAUAAAUAGGCAGUUUUCUUCCUUAACUAAGUAGAUGCUGUUUUAACAAACUGACGAAUGAACGAGAUCCUCUCCAGCACUGUCACUUUAAUGUAGAGAUAUAUAUAUUUGUCAUUCUAUCAAAGAGUCGUGUACAGUUUUCUAGAAAUGUGUACCUGCUGAAGGCAAAGCUCCCUGUAGACAUCAUGUUAGGCUUUUAGCUGAAGUCGUUUAAAACCAAAAAGUAUUUUUAGAUUUUAGAUGCAGGGUGGAUUAGAGUGAGAUCGUCUGAUUGUGGAUGCGUGCGUGUGGAUGCCGCUGUUACUGGGAAGACAUCAUCGUGAUUUAUUUAUGAAUUAACUUAUUCAAAGAUCAUGUCUGAACAGCAGUGCCAGUGCUCUGUACAGUGAAACCUAAGGCUCGCUCUCUGCAGCGACGCUGCACUGCACCUCAUUAUUUAGUCAAACUACUGAGGACCGAGUUGAUGUUGUUUGUAUAGAUGUUUAUAAUUUAUAAGUUUUGUACAGUUUAGUUCAAACACACGAGACGUUAAAUUAGCGAUGCAUCAGGGCUGCAAAAGAUUCAUUUUAAGAAGAACAGGAAGUGAUGGCAUGCCAGCUUUUACAACGUAUUAUUCCUCUGCCGUCUCCUGUAUUUCAGGCUUUAAUGCUAGAGGAGUUAUGUUUCUUCCAGGGUCGUUUUAGACAGAAGUUAAAAACCUUUUCUGGCAUCAAUGUUAUAUUCAUUUUACUCAUUAUUUAAACUGUUUCUUCAGGGUGGAAUGACGAUAGCAUUAAACUACAGAUAUCCUUUUUUCCCCAUUAAAUCUCAAAUAUAUAAAUACAGCACUAAUGAUGUUUGGCUGCAAAGGUUUUGCUUCAAACAAGAAAGCCCUGCAGUGAUCAGUGAGGGGAGCUGAGAAGAUAAUCGGAGUCAGUUCCAUUGCUCUGCUUCUGGAACGUAGUCAGAUUCCUCAGACCUUCUGCAGAAACUUUCUGCUACACUGGAAAAAUGAUCUAGAAAUAAGUAAAAAUGUCUUAAGUUAAGUGUAUUUACCCUUAAUUUUAGUA